CAACCCGGUGAGGACAUCGGCUAGGUUGCGCUGCGCCUGUCUUCGCGCCCGGGAGCGUGCCCUACCACCAUGCAGCUCACCCCCUUUCUCCUCGGCGUCUUCUUGCUCUGCGGCCCCGCGCGCGGGAGUGACAGCUCAGCUUCCACUGCUAUCACAUGCUUUACAAGAGGACUUGACCUUAGAAAGGAGACAGAAGAUGUCCUUUGCCCAGCAAACUGUCCUCUGUGGCAAUUCUACGUCUUUGGGGAUGGAGUUUAUGCCUCUCUUUCCAGUGUCUGUGGAGCUGCCAUACACAGAGGGGUGAUCACCAAUGCAGGAGGAGCUGUAAGAGUACAGACUCUCCCAGGACAGGAAAACUACCCAGCUGUAAAUGCCAAUGGGAUCCAGUCUCAGGUGCUCUCUAGAUGGGCUUCAUCUUUCUCAGUGACUCCAGGUACCAGCAACCUGGUGCUUGAAGCAGUGGGACGAUCAGUGUCAACAGCACGGCCUGCUACAGGCAAAAGACCUAAGAAGCCCCUUGAGAAAAAGGCUGGAAACAAAGACUGUAAAGCUGACAUUGCAUUUCUCAUUGAUGGAAGUUACAACAUCGGCCAACGUAGAUUUAAUCUGCAGAAAAACUUCGUUGGAAAAGUAGCGGUAAUGUUGGGAAUUGGCACGGAAGGGCCUCAUGUUGGAGUUGUACAAGCCAGUGAGCAUCCAAAAAUUGAAUUCUAUCUGAAAAACUUCACUGCCGCAAAGGAGGUUUUGUUUGCCAUAAAGGAAUUAGGGUUCAGAGGAGGCAAUUCCAACACAGGGAAAGCUCUGAAACAUGCAGCUCAGAAAUUCUUCUCUAUGGAAAAUGGAGCACGCAAAGGAAUACCCAAAAUCAUUGUAGUGUUUCUAGAUGGCUGGCCCUCAGAUGAUUUAGAAGAAGCUGGUAUAGUGGCCAGAGAAUUUGGAGUCAAUGUGUUCAUUGUGUCUGUAGCAAAACCCACAACAGAGGAACUGGGAAUGGUACAAGACAUUGGUUUUAUUGACAAAGCUGUCUGUCGAAACAAUGGCUUCUUCUCUUACCAAAUGCCCAGCUGGUUUGGCACCACCAAGUAUGUAAAACCUCUUGUCCAAAAACUGUGUUCACAUGAGCAAAUGUUGUGUAGCAAGACAUGCUAUAACUCUGUCAACAUAGGCUUCUUGAUAGACGGUUCUAGCAGUGUUGGAGAGAGCAACUUCCGACUCAUGCUUGAAUUCAUCAGCAAUGUUGCAAAGGCUUUUGAGAUCUCUGAUAUUGGUUCCAAGAUUGCAACUGUGCAGUUCACGUAUGACCAGCGUACUGAGUUCAGCUUCACAGAUUACACCACAAAGGAAAAGGUCCUCUCUGCUAUCCGAAACAUUCGUUACAUGAGCGGUGGCACUGCUACUGGUGAUGCCAUUUCUUUCACAACCAGAAACGUAUUUGGGCCAGUGAAGGAUGGAGCAAACAAAAAUUUCCUUGUAAUUCUGACUGAUGGUCAGUCUUACGAUGAUGUUAGAGGACCUGCUGUUGCUGCACAAAAAGCAGGAAUAACGGUCUUCUCUGUUGGUGUUGCCUGGGCACCUCUGGAUGAUCUGAAAGACAUGGCUUCUGAACCGAGGGAAUCUCACACCUUCUUCACUAGGGAGUUCACUGGAUUGGAGCAGAUGGUUCCUGAUGUUAUUCGAGGCAUCUGUAAAGAUUUUUUGGACUCUAGGCAAUAAGACAAAUCUGCUGUUGGAUAGUUUCUGAAACUAAAAUUGUGAGGCUGGAACGGUCCCUUUUAAAUAGAAAAAUUUCAUUACAUAUAUUAUCAUCAUUAUGGGAUAGAGAAGGGCUACUUUCUGUAGUCAGUUGAGGGUCUUGUGAGCUUGUUAGAGGUUGUACUUGAUAUGGGAAAGCAGAAUUUGGCCAACAGCUAUUAUUACUUCCAGUACAUUUAUAGUAGCCUGAGUUUUGAAGCUAUGCAUAUUGUGCACUUAUGGCUAUCAGUUAUCAGCAGCAGAAACAAUAGAGUUCUGAUAUUUUUGCUGUCACUUCCUAGGUGCCUUCUUACAAGUUAAAAAUAAUACAAUUUUAAAUACACAAUAAUAUCUUCUGUGAACCUUCCAUAGCUUAUGAUUCUGUAUCUUUUUAAGGAGUUCUUUUCAUAGUGUUAAGUAUUUUCAGUGCUUCAGUUGUGCAAUACCCAUGCCAGGCAGCUUAAAAAGAUAUAAGGCAGAUGUUUCUCUACUUAAGAUAUAAACAUAAUGAUUUACAGAGUCAUUAAGGUUGGAAAUGGCCUCUGAGAUCACCAAACCCAACCCUAACCCAUCCCCACCAUGCCAAUCAACCAUCUUGGUACGGAGAAUGAUAUUGCCAUCUGGUUGGCACAGUUUACACCAAAAGGCAUUUAUUUACACCCAUAGAACAGCAUGGUUCUAUGACAUCAUCUGGCACAGAAGCAUUGAGAAGCAUUUACAUCAUAGCAGUUCUCUUUGUAGGUCUGAGUCCUAAAUAUUACAGUUUCCUUACCACUGAAGUCAACUGGGAUAUUCCUUAUAUAUCUGCUUACCUGCAUUUUCUCUAAUACCUUAUGCUCUCGAUUUCAAGAAAUUAUUAUUGGCUGCAAAGUUCCAGAUGGGAAACUUGGGCAAAGGGAUUAAAUUAGAACAUACACUGGGGAAUGAGCUACCUUUGGAUUUCAACCUGGGUGUUUUCAAACCUUGAAACAUAACUGGUUUAUAUAGGAUUACAAGGUUAGAAAAGAAGAGAGCAGAUGCAAGUGGGAUGUGGUAGCUUGCAGAAUAACAAGUUCCUAAUGCUAGUAAAAAUGUUUUUGGAGAUGUGUUUCCCUAAAGAUGAAAGAACAGUCUUCCUGAAAAAUGACCUUUAUUUUAUUAUGAAUUUAGAAAUAUAUUAAUAUUUUUAUACCUACAUUCACAUGGUUAAAAUUAUGACAUGGCUUCCUGAGUUCUUCCAGAUGCCAGGAGUGAAUAACAGACUUCAAGCAUUCUUUAGAAAAUAAAGGCUUUUUGCAAGUAAAAUACAAGAAAGAAAAUCAACCAGCACUUUUCCCAUCAAUGCAGAAUUUUUUAAAAAUUUUUUUUUUGGGGGGAGGGGGGAGGGGGGCUAUUGAUUGCUAAAUUCUUAGGUAUGGAGUGGCACUGAAGGGAUUAUAUUCAUCAGGCUUUUGUUGUGUAUUUUUAUAUAACUUAUGACUGGCUAUAUAUUACACUAAACAUGAAUGGCAAGGAUGCCAUGUAUUUUUCUAUUAAUUGUUAUCCUUAAUGUUGUCAUGUGUUUAUAGAAGAGAGUAUUCAGCUAUUGCUGUAUAAAUUCAUAUCAACUUUGUGAAAAAGUUUAAUUUAGCAAUUUUUUAUAGAAAUUUAUGUAAUGCAAAGAACUGGGACUACAGAUAUUUCAGUAUCCUGUAAUAUAAAAGUCUUUUUACGGUGAGCCUCAUGUAGUACAGCUUGAAUAAGUUGUAUGUCACAUUUCCUGUCUAAAUUAUUUUAAAUCCCCCGUUGGGGUAAAAAAGGAAAAGAAAUCCUAAAUCAUCCUCAGAAGACAAGAAUAUUUCUUACACAGAUUAUUUUGGGUUUUUUUUUGUUGCUGUUUUUUUAAUUUGGAUCAGUCAGUACCAAAUUUUUAAUAGUUGUUUAUAUUAAAUAUGGUGCUAGCUGAAUGAUCUGAAUAUAAAUCAUGCAAACUGGCCAGCACAAUCACAUUUUUCCUCCCAAUUUACUUCUACUGUUGCAAAGAAGAUGGCAGCUUUACUGAUGUCAUUCCUUCACAGAGGAAAAAGAUGGUCUGGAUUUCCAGAAACUGCAGCACUAAACUGCCCAAAUAUUUCCAUUUUACCAGAAUGGUGAUGACAUUAUUUGUACUUUCACAGUGCCCAAUUACACUGAGGUAAGAAAUAGCAGGUACAGAGAAUACUUCUUUAAAUAGGUAAAGUUUAUACAGAAGCAAGCAUUUGUAAGAACAACUCUGAUCUGGAAGUAAGGUCUGUGAGGCACAGCAAAAAGGACUGAGAGCUAGUGAGAUACAGAGACACGGUGGAAAGGAUGUGAACUGUGCUGUGAGUAGGCUGGUUUGGAGGAGUAACAGCACGGUACAGAGUAACAGGUACGGAUUUGAAGCUUGCUUUUGGGUGAGAGGGAAAGCCACAUCAUGAGAGUUCAGCCUCACGCUGCUGGACCAAGCAGUAAAACAGAGUUGCAGUCACCAUCACUCUUGCAAACUCUAUUUGGAAUACUCCUGCACGUAUUAG